GUGGGCCGGGGGAAAGAUGGCCGCCUCCUUGAUGUGGUGGUGAGAGAAGUCGGGCUCUUCGGCGCCGCAGGACGAGUCUCCCCUUCUCUUCCCGCCUCCCGCCCGCUCCCGUUCCGCAGCUCGCCGAUCCUCUCUCGGCCCGCCGGUGUGCGAAGGAGCUGGGAGCCGCGAUGGGCCGGGCGCGGCUCCCGCCGCAGAGAGUGCAGGGCCCGCAGGGCUAGAGGCGCCAGUGGAGGCCCGGGGCCCGGUCCCCGCCGGCACCUCGGCCCCUCCGCCGGGCCGGGAGACGCCGCCUUCCUCGGAGCCCGGACGGGGCUGCUGUCCGCGGGUGGAGGAGGAGGAGGAGGAGAGUCUCCAGGUGGAAGGCGCUGCUUCCUCCGGGCUCGUCCUUACCUGCACACCUGGGAGAGGAGCCUCCCUCUGCCCUUGCCCCGUCCUCCCCACCCGCCAGCCCGCCUCCGCGCCUCCACUUGCCGGAGGGAUUCCCUCGGCCCCCGCUGCGUGCUGGGCUGGAGAUUGCUGCUCACUUGUUGCCUGGCACUUCUCCUCUGAUGGAGUCUGAGAUGCUGCAGUCGCCUCUUCUGGGGCUUGGGGAGGAGGAUGAGUCUGACCUGACUGACUGGAACUUGCCUCUGGCCUUUAUGAAGAAGAGGCAUUGCGAGAAGAUCGAAGGCUCCAAGUCUUUGGCUCAGAGCUGGAGGAUGAAGGACCGGAUGAAGACUGUUAGUGUUGCCUUAGUUUUGUGCCUAAAUGUCGGUGUGGACCCUCCUGAUGUAGUGAAAACUACUCCCUGUGCCCGUCUGGAGUGUUGGAUCGAUCCUCUGUCAAUGGGUCCUCAAAAAGCUCUGGAAACCAUUGGUGCAAAUUUACAGAAGCAGUAUGAAAACUGGCAGCCAAGAGCCAGGUACAAGCAGAGUCUUGAUCCUACGGUGGAUGAAGUUAAGAAACUGUGUACAUCUCUGCGUCGAAACGCCAAGGAAGAGCGGGUACUUUUCCACUACAAUGGACAUGGUGUCCCCAGGCCAACAGUAAAUGGGGAGAUCUGGGUCUUCAAUAAGAACUACACUCAGUAUAUUCCUCUCUCCAUAUACGACCUGCAGACUUGGAUGGGCAGUCCUUCCAUUUUCGUCUAUGAUUGCUCUAAUGCUGGCCUUAUUGUCAAGUCAUUCAAACAAUUUGCACUACAGAGGGAGCAAGAGUUGGAGGUGGCUGCAAUUAACCCAAACCAUCCACUUGCUCAAAUGCCUUUGCCGCCAUCGAUGAAGAACUGCAUACAGCUGGCAGCAUGUGAAGCCAAUGAAUUGCUACCCAUGAUCCCUGAUCUGCCAGCUGACCUUUUCACAUCCUGCCUUACUACGCCGAUCAAAAUUGCUCUGAGAUGGUUCUGUAUGCAGAAGAGUGUCAGACUGGUGCCGGGAGUCACGCUGGAUUUAAUAGAGAAGAUUCCUGGAAGACUGAAUGACAGGAGAACUCCCCUGGGAGAGCUGAAUUGGAUCUUCACCGCUAUCACAGACACCAUUGCAUGGAAUGUCUUGCCUAGAGAUCUUUUCCAGAAGCUCUUCAGGCAAGACCUGCUUGUGGCCAGUUUAUUUCGUAACUUUCUCUUGGCAGAAAGAAUUAUGAGAUCUUACAACUGUACCCCUGUCAGCAGCCCUCGUCUACCUCCAACAUACAUGCAUGCGAUGUGGCAAGCGUGGGACCUUGCAGUUGAUAUUUGCCUUUCCCAGUUACCUACAAUUAUAGAGGAAGGAACUGCUUUUAGGCACAGUCCCUUCUUUGCAGAGCAGCUGACUGCUUUCCAGGUGUGGCUGACCAUGGGUGUGGAGAACCGCAAUCCCCCGGAGCAGCUCCCCAUCGUCCUGCAGGUGCUGCUGAGCCAGGUACAUCGGCUGCGGGCUCUUGAUUUGCUGGGAAGAUUUUUGGACCUGGGUCCCUGGGCAGUUAGCUUGGCCCUGUCUGUUGGCAUUUUUCCGUAUGUGCUGAAGCUACUUCAAAGUUCAGCUCGUGAGCUGAGACCACUCCUUGUCUUCAUCUGGGCCAAAAUUCUGGCAGUGGACAGUUCAUGCCAAGCUGACCUUGUGAAGGACAACGGUCACAAGUAUUUCCUUUCAGUUCUGGCAGAUCCUUAUAUGCCAGCUGAACACAGGACAAUGACGGCUUUUAUCCUGGCUGUAAUUGUUAACAACUACAACACUGGACAGGAAGCUUGCCUUCAAGGAAACCUGAUUGCUAUUUGCCUGGAGCAGUUAAAUGAUCCGCAUCCUCUUCUGCGUCAGUGGGUGGCCAUUUGUUUAGGACGUAUUUGGCAGAACUUUGACUCAGCCAGGUGGUGUGGUGUGAGAGACAGCGCUCAUGAAAAGCUCUACAGUCUCCUCUCGGAUCCAAUCCCAGAGGUUCGCUGUGCUGCAGUCUUUGCACUGGGAACAUUUGUGGGCAACUCAGCUGAACGGACCGAUCACUCCACCACCAUCGAUCACAAUGUAGCUAUGAUGUUGGCCCAGCUCAUCAACGAUGGGAGCCCCAUGGUUAGAAAGGAGCUGGUGGUGGCUUUAAGUCACCUGGUGGUUCAGUAUGAGAGCAACUUCUGCACCGUCGCCUUGCAGUUCAUGGAAGAAGAGAAGAACUACCCUCUCCCUUCUCCAGCUGCCACAGAGGGUGGGAGUUUGACACCAGUGCGAGAUGGUCCAUGUACACCGAGGCUGCGGUCUGUCAGCUCUUAUGGGAACAUCCGAGCGGUUACCACAGCUAGGAACCUGAACAAGUCCUUGCAGAACCUCAGCCUGAAUGAAGAAUCUGGAAGCUCUGUUGCAUUUUCUCCUGGGAAUCUCAGCACCAGCAGCAGUGCCAGCAGCACCUUGGGCAGCCCUGAGAAUGAAGAGUAUAUCCUGUCGUUUGAGACUAUUGACAAGAUGAGACGAGUCAGCUCUUACUCUUCUCUGAAUUCACUAAUAGGUGUGAGUUUCAACAGUGUUUAUACCCAAAUUUGGAGAGUACUCCUUCACCUAGCUGCUGACCCCUAUCCUGAUGUCUCCGACUUGGCUAUGAAAGUUCUCAACAGUAUUGCCUACAAGAUUAUGCAAGUGGGACUGGCCUGCAGACUGAAGCCACAACGGCUCUCCAAUCCAGGUGAACUAGUACAUGCAACAGUAAAUGCUCGCCCCCAGCGCAUCCUCGACACCUCCUCGCUGACUCAGUCUGCCCCCGCCAGCCCCACCAACAAGGGCAUGCACAUCCACCAAGUGGGAGGGUCACCUCCAACCACUAGUACAAGCAGCUCCAGCCUGACAAAUGAUGUGACAAAACAGCCAGUCAGUCGGGACAUCACAUCUGUAAGACCUGCCAAUGUCGGCAACAUGGGGGUUCAGUAUACUCCCCACUCCCACCAAUUCCCCAGGACAAGAAAAAUGUUUGACAAAGGGCCAGAACAGACUACUGACGAUGCUGAUGAUACCGUUGGACACAAAAGUUUCAUUUCGGCUACAGUGCAGACGGGGUUUUGUGACUGGAGUGCGAAGUAUUUUGCUCAGCCAGUCAUGAAGAUCCCAGAAGAGCAUGACUUGGAGAGCCAGAUUCGCAAGGAGAGAGAGUGGCGGUUUCUGCGCAAUGCUCGUGUCAGGAAGCAAGCCCAGAAGAUCAUCCAGAAGGGUAUUUCCCGGCUGGAUGAUCAGAUCUUCCUCAACAGGAACCCGGGCGUCCCCUCCGUGGUGAAGUUCCACCCGUUCACGCCCUGCAUUGCCGUAGCCGACAAAGACAGCAUCUGUUUUUGGGACUGGGAGAAAGGGGAAAAGCUGGACUAUUUCCACAACGGGAACCCUCGAUACACCAGGAUCACAGCAAUGGAGUACCUGAAUGGACAGGACUGCUCCUUGCUACUGACUGCCACAGAUGAUGGUGCCAUCAGAGUAUGGAAGAACUUUGCAGACCUGGAAAAGAACCCAGAGAUGGUCACUGCCUGGCAGGGGCUGUCAGACAUGCUGCCAACUACACGAGGUCUGGCCCGAAGGGUUUCAAUCUAUCUUGACAGAAGUAAACAGGGAGGAGCAGGAAUGGUAGUCGACUGGGAACAAGAAACCGGGCUCCUGAUGACAUCGGGAGAUGUGAGGAUAAUCCGGAUCUGGGACACAGAUCGGGAAAUGAAAGUACAGGAUAUCCCCACUGGAGCUGACAGCUGUGUGACCAGCCUCUCGUGUGAUUCUCAUCGUUCAUUAAUUGUGGCGGGGCUGGGUGACGGCUCCAUCCGCGUGUUUGACAGGAGGAUGGCUCUGAGUGAAUGCCGUGUCAUGACCUACCGAGAGCACACAGCCUGGGUGGUGAAAGCGUACUUGCAGAAACAUCCAGAAGGCAACAUCAUGAGUGUCAGUGUAAAUGGAGAUGUGCGGUUCUUUGACCCCCGGAUGCCAGAGUCCAUGAAGGUCCUUCAGAUAGUCAAAGGGCUGACGGCCCUUGACAUUCACCCCCAAGCCAACCUCUUUGCAUGUGGCUCAAUGAAUCAGUUCACUGCAAUCUACAACGGAAACGGGGAGCUGAUCAACAAUAUCAAAUACUACGAUGGUUUUAUGGGACAAAGAGUUGGAGCCAUCAGCUGUCUGGCUUUCCAUCCUCACUGGCCUCAUCUGGCAGUCGGAAGCAAUGACUACUACAUCUCGGUGUACUCAGUGGAGAAGCGGAUCAGAUAACGGCUCGUGGCAGCGGCACUGGAGAAGGGAGUCCCAGCGGGCAGGGCCAUGUCUCACCCAUAAUGUACAUAGUGAAAUUAUCGACUUGAAUGUUUAGUGUUGGCUGCUGCUGCAACCCAUAACUUGAACAUUUUUUUUUUCCUGACUUAGCUACUGAUGAUUUUGACGAGGGGAAAAGAGACAAUCUCCUUUUUUGUUUUGGGUUUUUUGGUUUUGUUUUGGUUUUUUUCCCAGCUAUAUCCUGUAAAAGCUACAGAAGAGGAACAUUUUAUUUUUGUUUCCAGUGGUUGGCUUCUCCGUUAGAAACACGGCUCCUGAGCUUGGAAGGACUGGAUGAGGCAAUACCCUUGAAAAGGGCUUUCUGUUUUAGUCUUUGUUUCUUUGUUUUGCUGGAGCGUAGGUUGCUUUAAGGACUGAAGUCAGGACUCACCUACAGCUCUGUGCGUUCAACCGGACCGUGGGACCCCUCCAGCUGCUGCCUACCCUGUGCCAAACAGUAAUUCCUCCGACACGGCAGCGAGACCCGAGCUGUCUGUCUGCAGAACAGUGUAUGUGCUCCUGCACUGCCUGAGUGUGGGCAAGGGAAGCAGGAAAGUGUCUCCUCUGCACGAACCUUGUCCUCUCUGCUGCAUCCUCUCCGGUGGAAGCAAAGACAGAAGGCAGCUUGGUGGCAAGAGGAGGCAGGGGUCCUAAGGAAAGGGGCUUGAGGAGAUGACAGGAGCAGGGCAGGAUGCCACCGUACCGUAAGGUUGCACAUACAAGAAGAGGAAAGAAAGAGAACAAACGUCUCUAACGUCCCAACAAGCCUGGAGCAAGUCACUCACAUAACCACUUUCCACCCAAGCACACGGUGCUGGUGGGGAGGUCUGGGGUAUCUCGGUCACUGUUACUUCUGCAGUCACUGUCCUUCUGCCCACAGCGAACUCCGCAAACAUGUUUGAUAGCCUGGGAGCUCUGCCCAGCCGGCAAGGGAGGCUCCAGGUUCAAGCCACGGGCUUUCAUUUGCUCUGAUGUGCUAAUAUUCAGCAAGGUGAUGGUCAGGAGAAUUUGCACACUUGCUGCUGUGUGUAUGCAGCUGCACACCUUUGUGUGGAUGUGGCUGUGGCUUGUCUGUCUGUCCCUGCAGAACUGGGCAUGUAACCACGCAUGGUCUGAGCACAAGAGAAUCACUAAAGAGGGGGAAGACGGCAGGUGAUCCUGCUUUGAGCAAAACAGCAUUGUCCCAGCCAUCUAGGGGAAAGCCUGCUCCAUCUUCCGCACCUUCCGUGUCUGAAUAAUGAAUGUUUCUGUCCCUUGAAAUCCAUAAUGGGUCUGGGGAUGGAUGUGGGGAAGGGGGUAGGCAAAGCAAAAGGGGCAGGUUUCUUUCAAGCACUGCCAAGGUGCGAUUUAGCUGGCCAAGAACAGAACUUGCACUGUGCAAAAAUCACUGCGGCGACAAAGGUUGACCUGCUAAGUCCAGAAGUCCCCAGUUUUUCUUCCAGUCGGUAUCACGGGGCCUGCAGGCUCCCAGCAAACUCUGCCAGCGAUGAGGCUGACAGUGAAAGAAAUACUAAUGAGGGAAGGGGUGAGAAACGCUCUCUCCCUAUGCAGAUGGCAGCUUCACCUCUGCCAUGGCACCUACAUAGUGCGUCUGACCUGUCACUGCUCCUUAUACACCAGAUAAUCUUGUUUCCUAUAUGUGUUGAGGCAGCUGGGCCGUGCAGGGGUCGUGGGGAUGGCCCAGUGGCUGUCCCAGGCUCGAUGCAGGGAAGCCAAAUGCAAAGUGCCGUACGCACGUCUGGAUGCUGGCUUUGGUGAGGGUCCUUGAGCCGUGGAGGUGGAGCAGAUGCCGAAGGCUGGGCGCUGUGUCCUUACCCUAAGCACCGUCACUGUCCCCCCUGUAGCAGGGAGGCCGAGGGCCACUUCACAAGGAUGAUGAAUCAAAGGCUUUAAACUUAAGAAAAACUACCUAAAAGUCCACUUUUAAGUUACCAAAAGUUAAUUAUGGUCUAACAGAGCUGUGCCUCUUCCCGACCCACUCCCGUGCCGCUCCGGUGUCGGGUCCCAGCGGUACACACACCCUCCGUCCCUGCCCAUGCCAGCGAGGGCCCGGCAAGCAUGGAGCCAGAGUUUGGGAUCUACACAUAACCGAUUAACAUACACAGCUUAAAAAACAAUAGAUUUUUAACUUAUAUCAGUGUAUUCAUUAAAGGAACAAGAAAUACCUGGCAAAAUGCAAAGGUGCGUGGUGGGAAGCUGCUGCUCCUUGCCAGUGCUCCCCGGUGCCAGCCAGCCCCUGCGGCCAGGAGGUGGGUUUUUAACUAACUCGGCCUGUUUAGCUUUCAUCUAAGCGUGUGCGUGUGUGGGCUGUAUUUUCACAGGUCUGAUGCAGAGAUUCAAUCAUGAAGUUUAACCAAGGAUCUGGAGAGCAUCCUACCUAAAAGUUCACUUAUCUCUAUUUAUUUUACAAAAAUAAAAAAAUAUAAAAAAACCACACGAUUGUAAUGUGAGAGUAAAACAAUUACAAACAAAUAAAUGGUUAAUAAAAAAUAAAUGCAGAAACA